AAAUGUCAAAAGUGGAAAAAGACAUUUUAAUAAAGAAAGAAAAAGAUGAAUUUGUUAUAAACCAAAUUAAAGAAUGAUUCUUGAUCAACUUCACAAAUAUGCAUUGAACGAUGAAAAAACAAUUAUAAUAAUAAUAAUAUAACCACCUAUUUAUCAAGAGGGAAAUGGCUUCAUAUUUAUGUACAGCCCCCCCCCCCCUCCCCCUCCUCUGCCCCACGGGUGCAGGUUGAUGAAGGCGUCUCCCUGUCACCCAGUUAAGAGUUCGGGUGCCCACUGAUGUCAGCAGACAGUGAUCCGCGCUGAGGAGGGGCGGGCACUGCCAACAUGUGACAGAGAGCAGUCUGCUGGUUUCUCCACACCCAUCUGACCAUUAAAGAGGUAACCCCCCAACACCGACUCAACUUGAUGCUCUUGCAUUCUCCGGGAGCUCAAACUACAACAUUUUUCUCUUUUUUUGUUGUUAUCUUUUUGUACUCUUCCUCCUUUUCUUCUUCCUAACGAGCUCUGUAAUGUCCUGUUAAUGUUGUGUGCACUAGUUAAUGAGCAUUAAUCCAUCACCCCUGGAUGCUAUUGUUAAGGGGGGGGCGAUGGGGGGGAUGGCCAUUUGAAUGCAAAUGCCUGACACUGUGACAGCAAGGUGCUUAUUAAACUGAUGUGCCCUCCUGUCUUUUCUUCCGGGAGCUCAGGAGUGAAAAGACUCGGGGCAGCUGGAGGAGCGGGUCGCACUGCGCCGGGAGUUGCUCACACCAAGUUUUACUCUGCUGCGAACUAAACUCAAAACUGCAACAACAACAACACAAAAUGGCAAGUUCUGCUUCCCUGGAGACGGUGAUGUCCUGCGGUCGGACCGGACCGUCUGCGGCUCCCAAGACACUGGCUUUCUCCAUCGACCGGAUCAUGUCCAAGAGCUCGGAGCCGAAGGGGCGCACGGAGGAGCGGUCCGAGGGCAAGAAGCUGCUGGGGCUGUGCUCCCCGAUCCCCUGCAUGUUCCCGCUGCAGCCUUUCAGCUACGACCUGCAGGCCAAGGCGCUGAUGAACUACUCGGAGCUGUGGAGAGCCAGUUUCAGGGGGACUUUUUGCAGUUCCGCAGCCGCGCCGUGCAAAGGGAACUGCGGCAUGUGCGGCAAAGCUGAGUCGGGCUUGAAGCAGCCGCUGCUGACGUCGGGGAGCAGGGUGGUGAAGCCGCAGGUCAUCCACCAGGCCGUGGCCGUGCCCAGCGGCGGCUCGCUGUACUAUCUCAACUACCUGGACUCCGCGUACCAGCAGUCGGAGCUGUUGGCCGGACACUGGUUCUCCAACCCGCAGGCCCAGGCCUCUCUGUCGGCGCACCACAGACUUUUGCUGCUGGAGAACGCCAAACUUGCCGGAGUAGGGUCCGAGAAGCUGCCCACACCGCAGUACCCGCACAAGAAACAUCUGCCGGGGCAGCUGGACCAGAUAGUGAAGGAGAACCACGGCCUGAGCGCGGAGAAGAACGGCGUCAAGACGCACAGCAAACUCAGCAGCAGCUGCAGCAGCGCAGCAGACGGGAAACCCAAAAACUUCACUUGUGAAGUGUGUGGAAAGGUUUUUAACGCGCAUUACAAUCUGACCAGACACAUGCCGGUGCACACCGGGGCCCGGCCCUUCGUGUGCAAAGUGUGCGGCAAAGGGUUCCGCCAGGCCAGCACGCUGUGUAGACACAAGAUCAUCCACACACAGGAAAAGCCUCAUAAAUGCAACCAGUGUGGGAAGGCGUUCAACAGGAGCUCCACGCUCAACACUCACGUCCGGAUUCACGCCGGGUACAAACCUUUCGUAUGUGAGUUCUGCGGGAAAGGUUUCCACCAGAAAGGAAACUACAAGAACCACAAGCUGACGCAUAGCGGGGAGAAGCAGUACAAGUGCUCCAUCUGCAACAAAGCCUUCCACCAGGUCUACAACCUCACCUUCCACAUGCACACGCACAACGACAAGAAGCCCUUCACCUGUGGCACCUGCGGAAAGGGCUUCUGCCGCAACUUUGACCUGAAGAAACACAUCAGGAAGCUGCACGACGGGGUCUUCACGGCGCCCGCGGAGGCCCCCAGAGAGAGGGAGCUGCAGAGCUGAGGCACGCCGCUGAGUCCUCAUAUCACAGAUUAAAACCUCGGACUGUCAGGCCCCUGAAAGACUGGCUGCUGUGCUGCAUCUGUGGCCCCGUUGAACCGCUUUUGAACAUCCAGAGAGGUCGUCCAAUAAAAUUGGACACAAUCACUUCAAGGGGACUGUAGUCAUCCUAUCAGUAUAUAGGAUCCUGUGACAUUUCAUACUUAUCACUGGGUCCUACUGUAGGAAUAUGAUGCCGCCCAUAUAGAAGGGACAAACAUGGGAGAAAUCAUCUUUUUCCACGAUGGAACUGUAAAUAAUAUAGAAAUACGACAAAAAAUGUUAUUUAAAAUGUGGAUCAUUGCCAUGUUGUGUAUUUCACAGAAAAAAACAAGUUAAUGUGAAUAAAUAAGUUAUAACUUAUAAUGAAAACUGAAUGUU